CUCUCUCCUCUCCUUUCCUUUCCUUUCCUCUCCCCCUUUCCACACGUCUUCUGCUCUCUCUUCUUCUUUCGCUCGCGCGCGCGUUCGCACUCCCUCUUUUUCACGCUCUCACUCCCUCUUUCUGUUCCGCUCUCUUUCUUCUUUCUCACUCUCUUUCUUCUCACACAUACACUCGAAUCCUCCUCCUCCUCUUACUCCUACUCCUCCUCCUCUCCUCUCUCCCUACGUCGCGCGAUUUCUGGCUCUCCCGCGCCGCUCUCUGUCCUUCUUGCUCUUUCUCAGUUCGUUAUUUUUUCACGACCAAAAAAUCGACAGUCUCAACGGGCCGGUCGGUCCGGUCGCCCGUAGGAAUUUACCGUGUUCUCGCUGCCACGAAUAUACGCGCGCGGUAGAGGGAUCACAACUCUCUCAUCAACGGCGGAAUCUCGUCGUGAAGCGUACGCAAAAUCAUUCGACCGCACACCCGUACUCCCUCAGAGGUACAAGGCAAACUAUUGGAUUUUGUAUGGCAAACAAGGAACCGACUGGUCGCGUAGCGGGAAGGGACGCAGUAGUGGGGAAAGGUACUGCGCAGGAGCGUACUUGCGCGAUCAACGUCUCUGUUACCAACCACUCGCGUCAGCGCGUCUCACUGCUGCCGUCACCGCCGCCGGCUACCACCUCCCACGACGUCGUAUGUGGCGCUGAUGCUAGCGCGAGUGUUUGUCGCGCUGGCGCCACGAUCGACCGUGCAACGGUACCGCAUACGCGACCCGGGAGAAGACUCCUGCUGCGUGCGACCAUCUGUUCGCUGUGUUCGACGCGGUGCCAAAACGAUGCGCUACAUUCUUUCGUGCAAAAACUCGUCGAUUGAGCAUAUAAUUUAUCAAUAUUGGAAGUGAGGCCUUUGAACUUUAUCACCCAGAGAAAUUAGAUGUUGAGAGAGACUGUAUCGCGAAUGUACCGAGAUGAUAAGAAACAUCGUAGUGGGAAUGUCCGGGGGUGUCGAUAGUGCUGUAACAGCUUUUUUGCUUAAAUAUAAAGGAUUUAACGUUACUGGUGUGUUUAUGAAAAAUUGGGAUAUUAGAGACGAAACAGGAAAAUGUAUGAUUGAGAACGAUUACGAAGAUGCUCGGUGGACCUGUGACAGACUAAGGAUUCCUUUAGUACAAGUGGACUUUGUAAAAGAAUACUGGAAUGAAGUAUUUAGCGACCUUGUGGAAAAGUAUCAGACUGGAUAUACUCCGAAUCCAGAUGUUCUAUGCAACAAGUAUAUAAAGUUUGAUAAAUUUUUUCAUUUUGCACUAAAUAAGCUUCAAGCUGAUGCUAUUGCAACUGGUCAUUACGCUAGAACUAGCUUUGGGUCGUAUCUAGAGGACUAUAAAGCAGAUGUUGGUGUACGCUUGUUACAAGCAUAUGAUAGAGAUAAGGAUCAAACAUUCUUUCUGAGUCAAGUGUCGCAACAAACCUUAAGACGUUGCAUGUUUCCUCUUGGAAAUUACCUAAAGAGUCAUGUAAAGACAAUAGCCAAGGAAGCAAGCUUAUACCGAAUAGCACAAAAGAAAGAAAGUAUGGGUAUCUGCUUUGUGGGAAAACGUGAAUUUCAGCAUUUUAUUUCAGAGUACAUAGAUGAUAAGCCAGGUGACUAUAUAAACUUGGACAGUGGAUUAAUUGUGGGUAAACACAAUGGCAUUCAUAAAAUGACAAUAGGACAGAGAUGCAGGAUCGGUGGUAGACACAAGGCUUGCUUUGUAUCUGGAAAAGAUCAAGAGACAAGUGCUGUUCUAGUGGUAGAAGGUACGAAUCAUCCAGCAUUGUAUACGAAUUUCUUGAUAACACAAGAUAUCCAUUGGAUCAGUGAGGAACCAAGCGAAUUGAGACAGAGCAAUGGCGUAUUUCAUUGUAAAUUUCGCUUUCAACAUAGAAAACCCUUAAUUUCCUGCUGUGUAUAUAAAACAUCCGGUGAACAUCGUUUGUUUAUCCGGCUUAGCAUACCGUUACGAGCGAUCACAAAGGGCCAGUAUGCCGUUUUGUACUCUGGAGAGGAAUGUUUAGGCGGCUCGAUAAUAUCGCGUUUAGGACCAUCUUAUUUCGCUCUCGGUCGACGAAAUCAUGGAGGCGAAACCUGCCAUGAUAAUUACAUGGCGUCAACUUCAAUCAUAUCAUUGUGAAUAAUUCGUGUAUCGAGCUUGACUUAAGCGCCGAAAUGUUGAGCUUCGCCUUAACACAAUGCAGUAUUUAAAAUUGAAAGGGAGAGAACUGUGCUGAAGACCGGAAAAAAUUAAACAAGUAGUACACGCCACGUACAUAGGCAUCAUCAUCGGAGGGAACAA